AUGUCGACACCUCUUCACAGGUUUAAGAUUAACCCGCCACACUCAGCUACUGAACCAAAAAGAACAUCAAGUACUAAGCCUCGUUCACCAUCAUUCCGACAACCACAACCACCUCAAUACGCUCAACCCAUUCACAUCCAACCUCAACAACAACAAUUCGCGUUCAACCCUAUAGACCCCCGUUUUGCUCCGCCAAUACAAAUCAGUCAAGUCUCUCCAAUACAAAAUCAAUCCUUCCAAAGUCCUAAUACAACACGACAACAAUUUGUUCAAAGACCAAUGUAUACUCAACAACAACCUUCUCUACCUUUUGCAUCACAUUUAUCACCAGACCAAUACCAAAAGUUGAUGACAAUGGGUAUUCCUCAAGGUCCUUUCUCGUUGGAACAAACAAAGAAACUGGAGCAGAUGAAGAGACAACAAACCUUCGAUAAAGUGUAUGACAAGGGAGAUAAGGCAUUUCCCCAACAAAUGCAAAGGUAUCCAAUUUCGCAACAAGGCUUCCCUCAACAACCCGUCCAAAUGGUCCAACCGAUGAUGUCCAUGAAAAAUGUGUCGCCACAACUCCAAAGCGCAAUGAGCAGUUUGAACACCAGUAUGAGUCUGAGUGCGUCGAAUACUACUGUGGGUACCAAUUUGAAUCUCUCGAGUGCGACGAGUGUCACUACUGUCACUCCAACCGUCGCAAUACAACAACAGAUGUCACAAAUGAAGUCAAAUCAGUCGUCACCGAAUAUGAAAGUCCCUGUGAAACAACAGCAACAACAACGUGUGGUAACAACGACACAACCUGUCACAACACGACCACCUCUUCAACCGCCACAACAACCAUCGUUAGCGAAACAAAGUAUCAUCUCACAAAUUACACCGAGCGCGCCACAAAUACCCGACUUGAAUAUCACUGAGACGGACGAGGAAGGGAAAGAAUUGAUUGGGGAGUUGGAACAUAAUUUCUUCUUAACACGAACGGAGUUGACGAGACGGAUCCAAGUCUUCUUACAUAAGAAGAACGCGAAGUUGGAGGUGGAAGAAGGUGUGAUGGACGUCAUUUCACAAGCGACGUAUAUGAGAAUGUUACAAUGUAUCCAACGAGUUGGAGAAGCCGCGGAGAGUCGAGUCUAUCCGGAGAAGUGCGAGUUUGAAAUUGAAGUCGACGGGACCGACGCGGGAGACGAGAUUAGAGAACAUUUGAACGUAGAACAACGAGUGAGGAAGAGAGAGGUCGACGACGCGAGGAAACCCGACGCGGAUGACGGGGCGGAAGAAGCGAAACAAAUUUGGUUGGAAAAGAUCGACGCGAAACCUACGAAACACCGUCCACCUCCCCCACAAAAGCAAGGACUGAAAAUGGAUCUGAUGCUAAAUCGAAUCAAAAGGUAUAAGGAACUCAGCGCGAAGAGAGAGAGCGGUGAAGUACUGUCGAAAGAUGAGAUGAAAUUUUUAGAUGAUAAUCAAAAGAGAGUUGAGGAAGAUACGAAAAUGAUGGAGGAAAGUGAAAUGGAAAAGAACAGAAAGUUGAUUAAACUGACAUUGAAAGAUUAUAAUUUUGCAAGACACUGCAUUGGGAAAGGAGCUAUGAAUAGAACAGAGUUGUCGGAUUAUAGAAAACAAUUGAAUUGA